AUGAUUGAAAUGGAGUACAGUGAUGGUGGAAAUGCGAUGACAUUGGCGAAUAAGAAUCGUGUUGCAAGUAAAAAGAUUUUCGAGCAAUUACAACAGUCAACUCGUACUUCAAAUCAUAUUACUUUAUCUGACGGCUUCAUGUUACAUAGGCAACCUUCAGGUGCUCAGAAACGAAUACGGCAACGCCAAGAGCAGAAGUGGUUAAGAGCUAUCUCUAUCAAUACCGGUUUAUCUAAUGUCGACCAUAAUAGAACACCGCCAGUUCCAGAAAAAAAUGCUUACAGAUCAUUGAUUGAUUCUGGAGGUUACAAAUCGAUUUUGCCGGAAGAAUUACCGCUUGAUAUUACUUCGUUUUCUCCAUUGACAAAGAGCACAUCUGCAAUUUCUGACAGCAGUAACAGUCCAUCUGUAUCAGUUGCAACUUCAACGAUAAAAAUUGACAACAGCACUGGUAACACUUCACUUAUAAUUACUGUUUAUCUCAAUAUUGCACGCUCGAUUAACUCGUUUUUAGGGGGAAAACCGACAGUCCAAGUUCACCCGAUGCCAUCAAACAUGCCAACCAGCAGUGUUGUUGCUGCGGUUUUAAAUUCAUCUGCAACUAACAGUAUCACUAAUAUUGUACCGGAAAAGGUUCGGGAAAAACCAGCAGUACCGAAAAAACCAGCAAAAUUAAUCCUACCUACAACAUCAACUGCUAUUGAAACGGUCCCAGUGACACCACUUAGUUUGAGCACUUCAAAUUUGAAUCUUUUUUCAUCUUCGGCGCAGUCGUCACCAUCAACGAGUAAUAGUUUUCGCUUGUUUUCAUCUCCUUCAUUUAUGUGUCUUCAUAAUGCACUAAUGGAGCCGAGUUUGACAACUGAAGAAGUAGUAAGAUUAGAAGCGAAACGCAGAAAAUUAAUCGAAUCAAUUACUCGUAAAGUGACGAUUCUAGACGAAGAACGAAAUGCAAUUGAUGAAGAUUUUAAUAUGAAUGAGGCACUUAAAAAUGAAGUAUUCACCAAUUUGAUGAGAAGUGGUGAUUCGGUUAUUUUAGAAAAAAUUGAAAAGAACCUUGCUCAAAAUUCGCAGUUGUGCAGACUUGAAACAAGGUUAUGUAUGCAGUUAGAACGUUUGCAGUCAAUUUCUCAGAGCAAUGAAAAUGCUGAUAAAGGGCUCAUCAAUGCUCGCAUCCAGCGCUUGAAACAACAACUAGAUGACCAAACAAUUUUAAGAAAGGCUUUUGAUAGACGUGAUGCGGAAGUUGAUAAAUAUGUUACUUCAAGGUUGGAUGAAGUACAGGCUUCUCAGUGGAGGAUUUAUAAAGAAACUUGGAGGCGUCUUACAACAGAACGACAAGAAAUUGACGAACGACUUUUCCUUGGACGUGAACAGAUUAGUGCUUUGCGGAAUGUACAGCCACAUGUUUAG